AACCCAGGCGGCGAAGGUGGAGGGGCACUGGGCGGCGGGCCUCCUCUACGGCGUCCCCAUGCCCGUCCAGCCCAUGAAGACCAUCGCCGCCGUCGCCCUCUCCGACGCCUCCUUCGGGGUCCCCGAGAUGAUGGCCGCCGGCAUCCUCACCUCGGCGUUCGUAUUCGUCCUCGGGGUCACCCGCCUUAUGAAGCUCGUCUACUGGUUCGUGCCGCUCCCCGUCGUCCGCGGCAUCCAGCUCGCCCAGGGGCUCAACUUUGCCAUGGCCGCCGUCAAGUACAUCCGCUACGAGCAGGACCUGGCGAAGAGCAAGUCCCUCGGUCGGCGCCCCUGGGCUGGGCUCGACGGCCUCGCCCUCGCCAUCGCCGCCAUCUUCUUCGUCGCCCUCGUCAACGGCGCUGGCGACGAUCACAGCACCGCCGUCCAAGAAGAAGAACAUCAGUGUUCUCCAACCAACAAAUGCACCAGCAAGAAUUCCACCCAUACCACCAACAUCGGCAUCUAG